AUGGCCGUGUCAAAUCAUCCAGCGCCGUCCCCAACAGCCCUUCUUAUAUACCCCGCUACAUUGCUCUUAGGGUCACUGUUCUCUGUCAUAUCACCAGUCGCUCACGCGACGAGGAAAUUAACCUCGCACCUGCCUCGACCAUCCUCCCCCUUGGCACCAUCUAUCGCCGCCGAUCUUCAUCUUGCAGAGAGCCCUGUCAACUACUUUGCCCGCAAAAACAACAUCUUCAAUAUCUACUUCGUGAAGAUCGGAUGGCUAUGGACGACAGCAGCCUUUGCGUCGAUUAUUUUCUUCCAACCUGCGUACCGCGUCUCCUCCUCGUCUUCUCCGGCACAACAACAAAUACGCACCCGACGUGUGAUUCAAGCCUGCCUCCGAUAUGCGAUCGCUACCACAAUAUGGUAUCUGAUGACACAGUGGUUCUUCGGGCCGGCAAUAAUUGACCGCAGCUUUGUCUUUACGGGCGGAAAAUGCGAGGAAGUGAUCGAUCGCGCAAGCAGGGUUGAUUCCGAUGACAGCCCGUCCGCUCAAUUGGACCUCUUCUCUGCAGCUGCCUGUAAAGCCGCGGGUGGGGCAUGGAAAGGCGGUCAUGACAUCAGUGGGCAUGUCUUCAUGCUUGUAUUGGCAACUGCCUCGCUCGCCUACGAGGCCGUGGGCGUGAAAGCGUUCUCUGCACCCUCAGUCUCUCGGGCGAACGGAGAGGCGUCGCGGGAACGCAAGACCAGUGACGCCGCAGUUCCUGGAACGAUCGGAGACCAGGACGGCGAUGGCCUUGCAAGGAAAUUCUCGCUUCGCCUAGUCUGGGGCGUCAUCAUUCUGGGCUGGUGGAUGUUGUUUAUGACUGCCAUUUGGUUCCACACCUGGCUGGAGAAAGUAUGUCAACCCAACCUUUCGCGAGGAUUAACUCUAUACGAUGUCUUUGGAAGAAAACCACACCGCUCCUGCAAGUGA